AUGAUGAUGAUUCCAAUAGCAUAAUCACAAAACUUGUUAAUGAAAAUAAUUUUAUAAUAUUAGGAAUCUAUUUGGAUAACAAAUAAUAUGUUAUUUUCAAUUACAAUUAUUCUGCAUUAUGUUGAAGAGCUUGAAAUUGUAACUUUAAAAAAAUUUAGAAUUCUAUUAAAAAUAGAAGCAAUCAGAUGA